UUUUUUUCAUGGGAAAGGGGUGAAGUCAGCGUGAAUUGAGUAACUACUUCAAGUGUUUUUCUGGUGUUUAUUAGCUGUACACCGAUUUCAUUGUUUUUGUGUCAGGGGUGUUUUAUCAGGUUUAUCUUUUAAAACUGAAAAUCUGAAGCCCUAGGUAUUUUCUGAAAAAUUUCAUUUCACUGAAAUUUUCAUUUCACUUGUUAAGCUACUUUUGUAUGCCAAAGUUGUAUAAAAAAAACUUGUGGCCAGUGGACACUGUGAGAGAGGAAUCCCAAAGCAGCCAUUACACUGUCUAGCAUCUAGCCAGUCUCCUAUGCCCCAGUCCCACGAAGCUGUACAUCAGGAUACAACAAUGGCACAUUUUAGAUGAAGCGCCUUCCAGAGAAACUGGUGCCUCAUGGAGUAUUCUGUCAGUUUCAUUGUUAAGUCUAUUAUCUCCGUUACAAGCGAGAGAAAGAAAAAAAAAAACAUCUGAAUGGGCUUUUAUUCUUGAUAAUACGGUAGGUUCUUUAUCCCAUUCCCAACACGCUCAGCUACACCGUUGAAAGCGGAAGGGACUAAACACAACCCGGAAAAAUAAAAGAUCCAUGACUGAACAAGCAAGAAAAAGCUAAUAUGUUUCUAUCUUGAAAAGAGAGCGCGUUAACUAAGAAGCACCACGACACAAAAGGAAAUUGUAGUCCGUGGUACAUUUGUGUCCGUCUGGGUGUCUGACAUACCGAAGACAGGAUGAAAUAGCUGUGACUGGAGAGCCUGUAUGAAACUGUGGGUCGGAGGAAGGGAGAGGGACCCAUCCCUGACAGUUUCUUGGAUUUUGCUGCUAUGAAUCAGAAGGAAGUGCCUCAGAAGCAGAAUGUAUGCAUGGUGUCUGACUUCUUUUAUCCUAAUAUGGGAGGAGUUGAAAGUCACAUUUACCAGCUAUCCCAGUGUUUGAUUGAAAGAGGACACAAGGUGAUUAUUGUAACCCAUACUUAUGGAAACAGAAAGGGUAUUAGAUACCUCACUAAUGGGCUAAAGGUGUACUACCUACCUCUGAAGGUCAUGUACAACCAGUCCACAUCCACAACAGUUUUCCACAGCCUACCUCUACUUAGGUAUAUCUUUGUGUGGGAGCGGAUCACAAUAGUUCAUUCCCACAGUUCCUUUUCAUCCAUGGCACAUGACUCCCUAUUUCAUGCCAAGACGAUGGGAUUGUACACAGUUUUUACAGACCAUUCGCUUUUCGGGUUUGCUGAUGUGAGUUCUGUGCUGACCAACAAACUACUGACUGUUUCUCUCUGCGACACCAAUCACAUUAUCUGUGUGUCCUUCACUAGCAAAGAAAACACUGUACUCAGAGGUGCAGUGAACCCGGAGAUAGUCUCUGUGAUUCCUAAUGCUGUCGAUCCUACUGACUUCACUCCAAACCCAUCCAAGAGGGAUGAAAAUAAAAUAACCAUUGUGGUUGUUAGUCGACUUGUUUACAGAAAAGGAAUAGAUUUACUUGGUGGUAUCAUUCCUGAGCUUUGUCAGAAAUACCCUGACUUGCAAUUUAUUAUUGGUGGUGUGGGACCCAAAAGACUAGUACUUGAGGAGGUCAGAGAAAAAUACCUGCUUCAUGACAGGGUACGUCUUUUAGGAGCCUUGGAACACAAAGAUGUUCGAAAUGUUUUAGUUCAGGGUCAUAUUUUCCUCAAUACAUCUCUAACAGAAGCAUUCUGCAUGGCCAUAGUAGAGGGUGCAAGUUGUGGGCUUCAGGUUGUUAGCACACGUGUCGGGGGCAUCCCAGAGGUGCUCCCUGAGGAUCUCAUUAUCCUUUGUGAGCCUACAGUGAAGUCUCUGUGUGAAGGACUGGAGAUGGUUAUAGCCAAACACAGGGCAGGGAGCCUGCCCCCACCUGCUGCCAUUCACAACAGAGUAAGGACCCUCUACACAUGGAGGAAUGUUGCAGAGAGGACAGAAAAGGUUUACGACAGAGUGGCUAAAGAAGUUGUCUUGCCUAUGGAUGAACGGCUUAACAGACUGAUGUCUCGCUGCGGGCCUGUUGCUGGCUGUGUUUUUUCACUUUUCGCUGUCUUGGACUUCCUGCUCUUGGUGUUUCUGAGAUGGCUCGUGCCCGAUUCCAAUAUUGACAUUGCGGUGGAUGCUACAGGAGUUCGAGGAGCUUGGAGACAGAUGUCCACUCCUCCUAACACACGCACAAGCACAGGUUAUGAUUCAAACUGCCAUAUAGCAAGAGACUUGAAUCGCACUCAAUAAGUCAAUACUAUUGACUCCGUGUGUACCUAUGGGGAACGAUUGCAUGCUUUCAUUCCAUUGAGUGAAAUGCUUUACAUCUGAUGUUGAACACACAUCUGAAAUGUAAUUUAUUAAAAUGACCUCCUUGGUAGUUUUUACAAAAUAUAUCCUAGUUUUUGUUUCUUCUCAGGUGGUAGAAUUUUAUUUGUGCCAAAUUACAUGUGAGUUUAUUUAUUUUCCUAAACAAGUAAAACUUAAAAGGCUAAACAUUUUAAAAAGCUGUCUAUUAUGGGAACUAGGAUUUUUUUUUAAUGUAGAAAUAUGUGUGCUAAAGCAGGAUUAUAUUGUCUAAACUAGGUACAGUGCUCCCUCGCUAUAACGCGGGUCUCGGGACACACACAAUAUGAGCCUUGUAACUGAAGAGCAUUAUCAACGGGGGAGGGGUUGGGAGGCAAACAUCUGACUAAAUACAAAAUAAAAUCACUCCCUCUCUAUAAUGCACAUAUAGUGAAGCAAAAAUGUAACUUUCAGUGAAUUAACCAUGCCUUAAAGCAUCAUGUAAUCAAUGCUAUAUUUUUUAUUUAAAAAAAAAAAAAAGUUAACAUUCCCACUCGCGGAUCAUUUAAUUAGUAGUUUUUAAACUAUAAAUAGCCUGGCUAAACAGCGGUUGGGAGUUCAGUUAGAAACGACAGACAAAGGGAAGAGGGAAUGGGCUCGCCCCAGGUUCGGCUGCCUGAACGGGGCUGAAGCAGGGCUGAAGCGAAGCUGAAGCAUCUCAUCUCUCGGAGAAAGCCACAGCUCCUCUCACAGCAAAAAAGUAAAUGCAUUAGGAAAGAUAACUACAUAAUAGGCCUAAUAUUCAUUUAGUUAUAAAACGAAUGCUGAAUAAGAUGUCUGUGUUAUAAAGUGCCAGUGCAGCUUUUUUCAGUUCAGAUACUGUAUCAAACGGGAGAGACAGAAACGGAAGUUUGUUUACAGUUUGAACAACGGUACUGUAUUUACUGUAGAAAUAUUUCAUGACUCACUAGUAUAGGGAAUUGGGGGACAUGCUGUAGGAGCGUUAUAUCUGAGGUGCGUUAUAACCGAGAGCCUUAUAGCGAGGGAGCACUGUAUAUACAUAUUUAAUGUGAUUGUAGCUAAAAAAUAUAUAUAUAUAUAUAUAUAUCCUAAAAAAAUGUAUUUUCAUUUUUAAACAUGAUGCAGGGAUCCGCGACUACACUAGGUUCAAAUAAAAUCUCAGUUCUCUUGCUUUAUUUUUAUUACAUAUGUAUCCUUUUUAUUUUUUUAAGGCAUUUCAACUCUGAAGCAUCUUUGGGGUCUAAGCAUGUCAUUCAAUUGGGGAAGCAACAUUUGGGCAUUUGAGACUUUUACUGCGAAUGCCUGACAUGUAUGAUUUUUAUAGAAUUAUUUUGUUAGCUACCACCAAUUUAAGUGGGCAAGUGAGUGUUAACAUUGGCAGAUGACCAGGUCGCUCAGGUGGGCAUUACUCAUGUAAUAUGCCCACUAAUCAGAUAUUUUUUUCAAUUCAACUUUUUUGCAUCUUUUUUGCGCUUUGAAAAGUUGCAGAUUAGCUGUGGUUGAGUUAUGAGAGGGACAGAGCAGCCACACAAUGAGAUCUAGAGGGUUUACUACACGAUAAAUGUGGUGCUGGGCAUGUGUGGCGUGCUAAACAUAGCUCUCUGACUGAUAAAGUAAACUGGUUUAGAAUGGAAGACUGAUGAAACACAAUAAUGUUGAAACUUUGGAAGCUUGCUUGACAGGUACUACUUGUAUAACGUAGUAUCUGGCAGUUCAAAUAGGGCUUUAUUAUAUAUUCUAUAAAUGUGUGAAAUUAUGAAGAAAUAGAUUGCUUUUCGGACAUUUAUCGGUUAAUCUAUUUACCGAAGCAUAUUGGUAAAUGCAGGUAUAUCAUCAAAUAAUGUAUUUAUACCUGCAUAUAAAUGGUCAAUUAACAAAAUAAUCAUUAAUGUUGAAGAAUAUAUUUUUCUGCUUACACAUUUUCCAUUAACAGAAAACAUUGAUGUUGAACAAUAUAUGUAUUUUCUGUAAUCAAAUGUUCCAUUAACAAAAAACAUUAAUGUCGAACAAUAUAUUUAUUUCUGCAUACACAUUUUCCAUUAAUAAAAUAAUCAUUAAUGAGCUUACAGUAAUGCAUAAUUGAGCAAUUCAACAUGGUGCUGAACAAUAUGGUGAUCCACUUAUGUAGAACUACCAACAUUCUGGUAAAUCAUAGGCCUACUCAAUAACAUUCCAUUAAAUGCAAAUUAAAUAAUUUAGGACCUUUGUUUUUUCAACAGAAAAUCACACUUUGCUUAUGACACAAAACGCCACAAAUACAGGCAGUGAAUAGAUAUAUUUACUUCAAGGCCUUAUAUUUUAUAUUUUUUUUAUACCCAUCCCCCUGAUCUGUGCCUUUCAACAAAUUUGUCCCGUAGUUCUUUUGAAAGUGCCUUGGUGCUAAUGGUUGAGUCUUUGCUUUGAAAUGCACUACCCAUCAGAGGGAACCUACAGUAACUGCUGAAUUUAUCCUGAAAUCAUGUGAAUCACUACAAUUUAACACAGGUGGAGGCCACUUAACUUGGUGUGUUAUUUUGAAGGCGAAUGGUUACACCUGAGCUAAUUUAGGAUUGCUAUUACAAGGGUGGUGGACACUUAUCCAACCAAGCUAUUUCAGUUUUUAUUUAAUACAUUUUCUACAAAUAUCUAGAAUUUUUUUUUUCACUUCGAAGUUGUGGUGUAGGAUGUGUACAUAAAUGAAAAAAACAACUAUUUUAAUGCAUUUUAAUUCCAGGCUAUAAGGCAACAAAAGGUGAACAUUUUGAAAGGGGGUAUAGACUUUCUAUAGGCACUGUAUAUAUAUAUAUAUAUAAUAUAUAUAUAUAAUUUUUGUGAUCCACCCUGCUACUAAAAUCUUUUGAAACUAAAUAAUACAGUGCUUUUAUUUUUAUUUGCACUGGAUAAAAACUCCAAGCUUGGUAAAACAAACAAAUAACAGGAGGUCAAAUUUUAAGCCAUUUGAACUUAAAUGUUUCUGAUGACAGAGGCAUUAGGCAAAAAGUUUGACCUAUUUUGACUUUUGUCAUUAAACCUUUUUUUAAUCGUAUUGCUACCAAGAAGUUAAAAAUAAAUAAAUACAUUGCAUCCUGCCACCAAAGAGCAACACUUCUACUGACUGGUGGCAAUAAAUACCAAUUCACUUUUAUAAUUUCUAGGAGACUGAAAAAAAAGGCUUGCUUACAAACUGGCAUGUACUGUAGCUGUUAGCUAAACCUGCUUAUCUUUCUCAUAUACAGGAAAUUCAGAUACUAUCUGGAUGGGAACCGUGAAGUUUAAAAGACCCAAAUAAGGAAUUCAUAGUUAACCAUGCAUUGCUGCUUUGUCUAUAUUUUGGCACAGUAGUUUAUACACUGUGAAGUUAGUUACCAAAAUCCUCGAGGAGGCUGUGUGGUCCAGUGGUUAAAGAAAUGGGCUUGUAACCAGGCAGUCCCCGGUUCAAAUUCCACCUCAACCACUGACUCAUUGUGUGACCCUGAGCAAGUCACUUAACCUCCUUGUGCUCCGUCUUUCGGGUGAGACAUAAUUGUAAGUGACUCUGCAGCUGAUGCAUAGUUCACACACCCUAGUCUCUGUAAGUCGCCUUGGGUAGAGGUGUCUGCUAAAUAAACAAAUAAAAUGUCAUACACAAAAGUAGUGUUUUUGCUUUGGUAUAUGAAUAUUCACCGCUUGCAUGCAAAAUAUAUGACCUGAUCAUUAAAAGCAUGUUUACAACUGGUUUCACAGACACUGAUUAGCACUACUAGUUUUUGACUACCCCAGUGUUACCUUAGGUAAGAUGCUUCAUGAUAAGACAAGGUCUGUAAAACUAGACAUAUAUCUUUAUUAGAACAAAGUAUAAUUAUGAAAAUGAAUUGAGAGUAACAUAUUUUUAUACUGUAUAUACAGUACAUAUUGUACAUACACCUCAUAACUUGAACCAAUAACAUUUUAUUGACAUCUAUGAUUUAUAACAAAUGUGUUAUUUAUUUAAAUGUUAUGCUACCGUCAUUUUAUAAUAUUUCCUACAACCAGUUAAGUUAUCAGAAUUAUUUUACAACUUAACCUUACUACUUAAAUAAUUUUGGAGAACCAAGUGUAAACCUGCCAUUUUUUUAUAUAUAUAAUUAUAGGAAAUGCCAAAUUAUACACUUAAAACAUAAAGCUUGUUUGUUGUUUUUAGUUAUAGAUCUGCUUUAAAAAAAACUUCAGUGUAAACCUAGAACAAAAUAAAGCAAAUCCAGCUGUCUGAGUACGAGUAAUUGUUCCAAAAAAACAAAGGAAUUGUUUUUGGUUGUACAGCUGUUUGUUUGAUGUUUUUAUUUUAUUUUUGAGGUAAUGUUUGAACGUUGUUUCUUUCCUACUCCACAACCACACUAAUUGCAAGGAAAAUGUAAGAUUUUGUAUACUUGAAUAUAUAUUGAAUAAAAGCAAACUCUAUUACGUGAAUCUAUAAAGGGAUCAGAUUCUCCUCAUGUAUUGUUUGAUGAAAUGCUUGUAUUAUAACUGUUUAUAAUAAACUG